AAACAUAGAGGCUGUGCAAGUGUUCAUCUAUAGUUUUGGUCAUAGCGUAGCCAUAGUUAUUGUUGACUUAUAUCCCCUGCCGCUAUCUGAAACUUAAGCAAAGUUCACUCAAAGCUCCAUUAAAAUGGAAUCAAGAACAAAACCCAUCUUCUUCCUCUUCUCAAUUCUCUAUUUUCUCUCUCUUCUCUUCAUCUCAAUCACAGCAACCCAAAACCCAUCUUCAUCAAUCAUUUCCAGAUUCCAAGAAUACCUUCGAAUUAACACUGCUCAACCAAACCCCAAUUACUAUGAAGCUUCUGAUUUUAUUCUAUCUCAAGCUAAUUCUUUAUCCCUUGAAUCUCAGACUAUUGAAUUUGUCAAAAAUAAACCCUUAAUUUUGCUCAAAUGGUCUGGAAAAAACCCUAAUUUGCCCUCAGUUAUCCUUAAUUCUCACACCGAUGUUGUUCCGGUUGAAUCCCAAAAAUGGACUUAUGACCCUUUUGGUGCUCAUAUCGAUCCUCAGGGCAAUAUUUAUGCCAGAGGUUCUCAGGAUAUGAAAUGUGUGGGUUUACAGUAUUUGGAAGCUAUUCGGAAGCUGAAGGAUUCUGGGUUUGAGCCCACUCGUACCAUUUAUUUGACCUUUGUUCCGGAUGAAGAGAUUGGAGGGCAUGAUGGGGUGGAAAAGUUGGCCGAGUCUGAUUUGUUUAAAAAAAUGAAUGUGGCCUUUGUUCUAGAUGAGGGACUUGCAUCACCAGGAGAAAAGUAUCGGGCAUUUUAUGCAGAGAGAUCACCGAUGUGGACAGUGAUCAAGGCUACAGGAGCUCCUGGACAUGGCGCUAAGUUGUAUGAUAAUACAGCAAUGGAGAAUUUGUUAAAGAGUAUUGAGAUCAUAAGGAGAUAUCGAGCGACACAAUUCGAUAUGGUAAAGGCUGGCUUGAAAGCUGAAGGAGAAGUGGUUUCGGUGAAUAUGGCGUUUCUGAAAGCUGGCACUCGAACUCCAACUGGUUUUGUCAUGAACUUGCAACCUUCUGAAGCUGAAGCAGGUUUUGAUAUUCGGGUUCCACCAACAGCUGAUCAAGAAGCCCUUUUAAGGCGUAUCGCUGAGGAGUGGGCUCCUGCUUCACGAAACAUGACAUUUGAGUAUGGGCAGUUUAAGCAGAAGCAAUCUGUGCUUGACAACUUCGGUAACCCAGCUGUCACUACUUCUGACAAUUCGAACCCCUGGUGGGCCCUUUUAGAAGAGGCUGUUCGCAGUGCUGGUGGAGAACUUGAAAAGCCAGAAAUUUUCCCUGCUUCUACAGAUUGUCGUUACUUUAGGCGACAAGGCCUACCUGCUAUAGGUUUCUCUCCUAUGGCAAAUACUCCAAUUCUACUACAUGACCACAAUGAGUUUUUAAAUGAAGCAGAGUAUCUAAAAGGAGUCGACAUAUAUGUGUCUAUUAUCAAAGCUUAUGCAUCUUAUGCUGAGCAUGCUGAAGCUAAAGGUUCCAUCUCCAAAGAUGAAUUAUGAGAGGUAUUUUCUCUUAGAAGACCCAAGACUCUGCAUCACUAUUCUUUGGAGGAUUGCACUCUUCCAAUUUCAAGUACUUCCUAUUACAUAGCAUGUCAGAAUGAUCUGUUGCUGAAACAGUCAGGUGUUUUGUUUACCUGGUGACGACUUCAAUUGAUUCAGCUUCAUCUGUGUAAAUUUGGAACUUCCAACUUCAUUUUUUAGGUUUCACAAACUUACCGGUUUAUUGAUGUUAUUAGCACGGCCAAAGUGCAGAACUGAAAUCACUGACAGCUGUGUAUUAAGUUUUCUCCUUUCCAUACGACUGAUAUGAGUACUCCAUUUCGAAAUAACAAUUACACUUUAGCCAUUUCGAAAUAAUGAUUACGCUCCCUUUAGCCGUUCUGUAAUAUAUGACCCAUGUUACUUUAUUACCCCCAUUUUCUGUAUCGUUACUUACUGCAUUCCACUAUUAUACCGGGA